GGAAGCCGUGAUCUCCAGGGACCCAGCACCACUUGUGGAUAAGACACUUUACCGCUCAAUUGUCCUACCAGUGAUCUGUACAAGGAAGAAACAUUCAGUGCUGUCAUAUUUUAUCGAAGGAAAUAAGAGAUUCGGAAGAUGAAGAUUCUUUCACUUCUGCUGCUGUUUCUCAGCAAUGCCCGCAGCCUCUCCGAAACCCGGCCCAGCAUCAUUGUAAUCAUGGCUGAUGACCUUGGCAUUGGAGAUCUUGGAUGCUAUGGCAACAAAACACUAAGAACUCCUAAUAUUGACAGGCUAGCCAGAGGGGGAGCGAAAUUCACUCAACACAUAGCAGCUGCUCCUCUCUGCACCCCCAGCCGGGCUGCUUUCCUGACGGGCCGCUAUCCAAUCCGAUCAGGAAUGGUUUCUCAUUCGCCCAUUGGAGUCUUCAUAUUUUCGGCUUCUUCUGGCGGUCUUCCCUCUGAUGAACUAACAUUCGCCAAACUUUUGAAGAAGGAAGGUUAUGCCACAGCUCUGAUAGGGAAGUGGCAUCUUGGAAUGAACUGUGGCAGCACAGACGACUUCUGUCACCACCCUCUAAGCCAUGGCUUUGAUUACUUCUACGGGCUGACAGUGACCAAUCUGAGAGACUGCAAGCCCGGAGAAGGCACCGUGUUUGGGAUGGGCUUCAGGCUCCUGGUUUUCAUCCCGCUGCAGAUCAUCGCCGUAGCCUUGGUCACCUUGGAGAUUAUCCAUUUCAUCGGUCUUCUGCGGGUCCCCAAGAUUGUGUUCUUCGUCCUCAUUUUAUUGAUGGCCUGUAUACUUGGAGGCUUCCUUUUUUUCCUACAUCAUUUCCAAACCCUCAACUGCUUCCUGAUGAGGAACCACCGAGUUGUUCAGCAGCCCAUGUCCUACGAGAACCUCACUCAGCGGCUGACAGAGGAAGCGCUCCAGUUUAUAAAAAGGAAUACCGAGACACCAUUCCUCCUUUUUUUGUCCUACCUUCACGUCCACACAGCACUCUUUGCCUCAGAGGAAUUUGCAGGCAAGAGUAAACAUGGCUUGUACGGGGAUGCCGUGGAGGAAAUGGAUUGGAGUGUAGGGAAGAUCUUAGAUGUUCUAGAGGAGAAGAAAUUGGCAAAUAAGACACUCAUGUACUUUACAUCUGACCAGGGAGCACAUAUUGAAGAAGUGUCCAACAAGGGAGAAAUCCAAGGAGGAAGUAAUGGAAUUUAUAAAGGUGGAAAAGCUAACAACUGGGAAGGUGGCAUUCGAGUCCCAGGCCUUCUUCGCUGGCCAGGAGUGGUAGAGGCUGGAAUAGAAAUUGGCGAACCAACCAGUAACAUGGAUGUAUUCCCUACCAUUGUCAAACUGGCAGGGUCACCAUUACCUGAAGACAGGAUCAUUGAUGGACGUGACCUGAUGCCCUUGCUUGAAAGAAAAACUCUCCAAUCAGAGCACGAGUUUCUCUUCCAUUAUUGUAAUGCAUUUUUAAAUGCUGUGCGCUGGCAUCCAAGAAACAGUACUUCUAUAUGGAAAGUGUUUUUCUUCACACCCAAGUUCAACCCAAAAGGUUCAAAUGGCUGCUUUAAGACUCACGUGUGCUUCUGCCAUGGACAUUUCAUCAGUCACCACAACCCACCACUGCUCUUUGAUCUCUCCAAAGAUCCAAGGGAGAAGACUCCAUUAACACCAAAGACCGAACCUCAUUUUCAUGAGAUUCUUAAAGUCAUCCAAGAAGCAGUAGACAGCCACACAAAAACACUGCAAAAAGUUCCCAAUCAAUUGUCCUGGGGAAACAUUCUCUGGAAACCUUGGCUUCAAGUCUGUUGCUCCUCCUCUUACCUUUCCUGUCACUGUGAUCAGGAAUUCAAAGGCAAUGUCAGCUCCCUGAAGCAGCUUGGCCAGUAAAUAGAUAGACACUUCCUUCUGAAUAAUUUCCCUUUACCAAACAAUUCUAAGCUGCAUUUAAUUGUACUAAAUUAUCACAAUUCCCAAAAUAUGACAAUAAGGCAGAACUAUAAAGAAAGCAUGUUAGCCGAAUCAAAAUGGAGUUGAGCAUCUUUAUAACAUACAAACAUAAAUACCUUAUAGCUACAUAGUGGAAGGUACCUCACUGCAGACAUUGAAAUAAUUCUAGAAUAAUGAACACUGAUUAAUGGAUCGCAGUGUGAUAGCACCGUAUCCAAGUACAAAAAAAUGACCCUUAUCACAAGGAGCUAAAUAAGCGUGACCCUUGCAAGCGUGGAAUUAAGAAUCUAAAAUCAAGUUUAAAAGUGGUUCGUAGUUUGGAGAAUGGAAGAUCCGAUCCAUAAUGUUUAUAAGAGCCCACAGAAUUCCAACCCAAACCAGAGUGCUUGCCACUAUAGAUUCACUGUGAAGGAAACACAAUGACAUGGGGUUCAACAUUAACCUAAAAGUCAAUUCAAACUCUGUAUAGGGCUUUAACCCGGUGGCAGGAAUGUUCUAGAGUGUGUCCUUCUUGCUCACUCCAUCCAUGGAGUUUUGUUGUCUUAGUUCUAUCUCCAAAGCCCAGAAAUUUCCAUUCCCAAUAUUUCUUCUCUUUCCCUUUUCUCUGCCUCACCCAGCUUGAGAGCAUAGAUUUAUCUGCAACUGAAUUUCCUCCUAGAUUCUCUGUAGCCAAUUCCAGUGAGUUGCGGUACCACCUUUAUUUCUUUCUACCUUCAUUUGCCUCUUGUGAUACAGUGGAUCUACACACAGACCUCACUGAGCACUGAGAGAAAUGGAGGUGAUAAACGGACAGCCUGAGAUGGUUUGAAGAGCAGGGUAAGGCGGUGAAGAGAUCACCCAGAAAAGUCAUCAUUUCACUAGUUUCCUAUUGUUCUUCUGACUAAUCCCAAGAUGAGAGGAUAGCUGGCCACCUCCGUUUCCUCCUGUGAUGCAAGGAUAAUGUUUGCGAACCCUACCUCUGUAGGGGAUGAGGUGUUAACUUCUUUAUGCUUUCCAUUCAAAAACUAAUACUGAUUACUUCAAGAAAUGUCUUAAAUUAGAAGCUUAAGCCAUAGGUGCAAUGUUAUUACUUGACUUUUUUUUGCUAAUAUUAGGGAGAUCUUAGUGAUCCAAUAUCACAUUGAAUUAAAUAAUUAUAUUCGCAAGUUACUGGCUGAUAUUGUCGCAAAAGUGGAAUUUUUACAUGAAUUAUGAAUAUGAAGCAAGGUUUUGAGUUGGUAUUUUACAGUCGACUGUAUGUGUAGAUACCUAGAAAGCAUUAUAGGAUUUAGGGAGUCCAUAUCAAAGGAUUAAAUUGCUUAUUGAGCCAUUAUUGCUUACUAUAUAAAUAUGCUUGAUUAUAGAGGCAACUUGAUUAGAAAGCUCUAAAUGUCAACUUUAAAAAGAAGCAGGAGCCCUGUAUAACCAACAGUAAAUCAUUUUGCUCAAUGUACCAUACCAAUUUGGAGUUUCCAAGUGUUCACCUUAAAUGAUUAACUAUUACUGUUAUGAUUUUACUUUGAAAGUCGUUUUAAUAUAAUAACUAUAAGCA